CCCAGCUCCGCGCGCGCAAGCCCUUGUUCAAGCUGUUCCGCACAGCCCUCGUACCGACCACGUUCCGCCAGUUGCCCAAGCGCAUCCUCCCGCAGCUCGCCGCCGUCUCGUUCGCCUCGUCCUUCUCGUCAACCUCUCUCGCUAUGGCCCCUAUCGAAGUCAACGGCGGUGCCGCCGCUGAGAAGCCGUCCAACCACAACAAGGUCGUCGUCAUUGGCUCUGGCCCGGCAGGCCACACCGCGUGCAUCUACCUCGCGCGCGCCAACCUCAAGCCCGUCAUGUUCGAGGGCAUGCUCGCCAACGGCUUCGCGGCCGGCGGUCAGCUCACGACGACCACCGACGUCGAGAACUUCCCCGGCUUCCCCGAGGGCAUCCGCGGCCCCGAGAUGAUGGACCUGUUCCGCGCCCAGUCGCUGCGCUUCGGCACGACGAUCCACACCGAGACCAUCUCCAAGGUGGACCUCUCGUCGCGGCCGUUCAAGUUCUGGCGCGAGGGCGCCGAGCAGGAGGACCCCGAGACGGCCGACACGCUCAUCAUCGCGACGGGCGCCUCGGCGCGCCGCAUGAACUUGCCCGGCGAGGAGACGUACUGGCAGAGCGGCAUUAGCGCGUGCGCCGUGUGCGACGGCGCCGUGCCCAUCUUCCGGCGCAAGCCCCUCGCCGUCGUCGGCGGCGGCGAUUCGGCGUGCGAGGAGGCCAUGUACCUCACCAAGUACGCGUCGCACGUCAACCUGCUCGUGCGCCGCGACGUCCUGCGUGCGAGCAAGGUCAUGGCCAAGCGCGCCAUGAGUCACCCCAAGAUCACGGUCCUGUGGAACACGGUCCCGCUCGAGGCCAAGGGCGACGGCGAGGUCCUGACGUCGCUGCGCGUCAAGGACACCAAGACGGGCGAGGAGCGCGACCUCGAGGCCAACGGCCUCUUCUACGCCAUCGGCCACGUCCCCGCCACCGAGCUCGUCAAGGGCCAGGUCGAGCUCGACGCCGACGGCUACAUCCUCACCAAGCCGGGCACGAGCCAGACGAGCGUCAAGGGCGUGUUUGCUGCUGGUGACGUCCAGGACAAGAUCUACCGCCAGGCCAUCACGAGCGCCGGCACGGGCUGCGUCGCGGCGCUGGAAGCCGAGCGCCUGCUCGCCGAGGAGGAGGUUCCGGGCGCCGACGACUAAUCUAGACGUAUCUCUCUCUCUUGCAUGCAACCAUCUGUGCGUUUCCUAGACCUCUUU